AUGUCGGGGCCUCGCCGCCACCCCCGGAGCCUCGUCCUCCCGGUGGCUUUAGCGCUGCUGCUGCCCAGGCCCACGGAUGCCUGUGGUCAGCCAUUAAAGUUCCAUUCGAUGAAACUCGUGGGGGAUGCUAAGUCCAGUUAUAGUCCUGGAGAGAAAGUAUAUUAUAAGUGCCGUAUCGGGUAUGAAAAUAAGUCAAAUUUUUCACUAACAACGCAUUGUCAACAGGAGAACACGUGGUACCCUAUCAAAGAAGCCUGUGUCAGUAAAUCCUGCCCGAUUCCAGUAAUCUCGAACGGCCAAGUGCUAAUCCAAGACAGAAUAUUUAAGGUGAAUGAUGAAGCGAGCUUUGUGUGUGAUAAGGGUUACCACUUAGUUGGAGCCCAGAUCCUAGUUUGCACCCUUUCUGGCAACACUACUCGCUGGAGUGAAAACUACCCAAAGUGCAAACGGACUUACUGUCCACCACCUCCACAAAUAUCCAAUGGGAAGUACAGUGAUAGCCAGAAGGAAACGUUUGAAUACAGCGAGUCUGUGAAUUACACCUGUAACCCUGCCAGUGGGCCAGAUGAAUUUUCACUUGUUGGGAAGAGCAGGCUGAUUUGUUCUGAAAACGGGAAAUGGAGCAGCAGACCUCCUGAGUGCAAAGUGGUCAAAUGCAAUCGUCCCGUCCUUGAGAAUGGAAGGCCUGUAUCAGUCGGGACACGGUUCUACUAUGAGGCCGUGGUUAUAUUUGAGUGCCUGCAGGGCUUUCACCUGACCGGCAGCACCGUGGUGUUCUGCAGUGCCAACAGCACCUGGGAACCGGCGCUUCCAAAGUGCAUUCGAGUGAUACAGUGCCCAUAUCCUGUGGUUGAGAACGGGAGGCCCGUCACACCGAUCGAAAAGCACUACGACUACAGAUCUGCCGUGCAGAUAGAGUGCUACGAGGGCUUCUACCUGGAGGGGCAGAGCACCGUCACCUGUGGCGCCAACAGCACCUGGGAGCCAGGGAUACCCGUCUGCCUUAAAGUGCCAGUGGCUCCCAACGCAAAAACGAGUAUUUGGCCUCCCAGAGUACCUGAGCAUUCUACUCCUUCGACAACAGCCAUGAACGCUACAGCCAACAGCUUGGCCUCAGGGACUGAAGAAAAUUCCAGGGGGAGACAGCUGCCACUUAAGGAGUCUGAAAGUCUCGAAAAUGCCAGGCCAAGGGAGAAAUCACUAUCAGCUAAGCAGUCUGAAAGUUUAGGUGCCGGGCUCAUUGCUGUGAUCGUGCUGGCUGUCGUUGCUGGGCUGGCGCUGGUGUUCGUCUGCCUGCACGGGGCCCUUCAGAACGUGAAGUAGGGCGGGAAAGGCCUGCGCCCUGCGCCUGGAGCCCUUCUCUGUGCGGUGAGAGAGAGAGCAAGGCAGUGCCUUGUUCUGAACCGUGUGCUGUCUUCCAAGGACGUGCCUGCUAGUGUGCCCCUCGAUUGACAUUUCUUUACUAAAAAUACCUAAAUCUCACAA